AUGAAGAGUGAGAUUCUGUGGUGGAGCUCUCGGAAGGGGGAAGAUGAUGAGGAGAACGAGGAGGAGGAGGAGGAAGAGGAGGAGGAGGAGGAGGAGGAGGAGGAGGAGGAGGAGGAGGAGGAGGAGGAGGAGGAGGAGGAGGAGGAGGAGGAGGAGGAGGAGGAGGAGGAGGAGGAGGAGGAGGAGGACGACGACAACGAGGACGGGGUUAAGGUAGAGUGGGCGAAAGCAUGA